AUUAUGCAAAACCAGAGUUGUGUUACCGAGUUCAUAAUCUUAGGGCUUUCUCAGAACCCCAAAAUUGAAAAAAUACUGUUUGUUGUAUUUCUAUUGGUCUACAUGGCAACUGUAGGGGGUAACAUGAUAAUUGUGGUCACAAUCAUGUACAGCCCUGCACUGCUGAGCUCUCCCAUGUACUUCUUCUUGGCAUUCCUGUCCUUCCUGGAUGCUUGUGUAUCUUCUACUGUUACACCCAAGAUGGUUGUAGACUUCUUACAUGAGAAGAAGACCAUCUCCUUUGGCUGUUGCAUGACACAACUGUUUUCAGUCCAUUUCUUCUCAGGAGCAGAGAUGAUUGUCCUAGCAGCCAUGGCCUAUGACCGUUACGUGGCUAUUUGCAAACCCUUGCACUAUUCUUCCAUCCUUACCCGGAGGCUCUGUAGCAUUUUAGUAGCAAUAUCCUGGGCAGGGGGCUUUUUGCACGCUAUUGUACAAGUUAUAUUCACAUUGCAGCUGCCUUUAUGUGGACCCAAUGUUAUUGAUCAUUAUAUGUGUGACUUGUUUCCAUUGCUGAAGCUGGCCUGCACGGACACUCAUAUAUUUGUUCUUUUGGUGUUUGCAAACAGUGGUGCAAUUUGCAUCAUUAUCUUCUCCUUGUUGCUUGUUUCCUAUGGUAUCAUUUUGUUCUCUCUGAGAGCCCACAGUUCUGAAGGACGAAGGAAAGCUCUUUCUACCUGUGGAGCCCACGUUACUGUUGUGGUUUUGUUCCUUGUUCCAUGCAUAUUAAUAUAUGCACGGGAUACAUCUGCAUUCUCCUAUGAGAAGGACACCCUUAUAUUUGUCAAUGUCCUGACACCAUUGCUAAAUCCUAUGGUUUACACUUUCAGGAAUAAGGAAAUGAUAAAUGCCAUCAGAAAAAUGUGGAAGAGGCUAAUAGUGAUUUUUGUUAGAUAUUAG